AUGCAAUCCUUGGAGCAGAUCUCGGAGAAGGCCCGAGAGCCGGUUCCCGAGUCCAAGGACGUCGUACUGGAUGAGGCACCAGUGCCCGUCGGAGCACACGUUCGGCUGUGGCGGCAUCUGAAACACUCAUGGAACCUCUUGCAGACGCAUGUGGGCUUGAUUUCCCGAAAGAGCGUGCCGGAUCCUGCCAUUUUGAUUCUGGGCCUGCUGACUACGAUCAUCGCGCUGACGUUGGCGAUGGCUUUUUGCAGCGCCGCGCCGGUCCCACGUCCAAAGGUGGAGGAAACGAAGCGACCAGUGACGCGCUGUCCGGCGCCGACAGCUGAACAGCUGGCCUCGGCGGGGCGCCGGGCAGCGCCGCCGCGUACAGGGCCCGACCCAGGUGUCCGAGUCGAAGGGCCGUAUCCUCCUCCUGGGGCGGCACAGCCAUACAGUUCUGUUUCAGUACGUGCGGCCUCGGCCACAUCCUUGCCACCACCGAAACGGCCAAGCCACGUCGGAGGUGAGGCUGGAGCCAUGUUUAGCUGGUCGCCGCGCUCCUCAGACGAGGAGGAUACUCUGUGUCCAUGCCUUGUCGUCCCCGACGGGAUGGAGUUCGUCUUUGCAGUGCGAGAGGUCCUUACGGACGAAAGGCAGGAGCUUUCCUUCAGCGUGGUGGACUUGGAGGGAUCUCCGCUCAGCCACAUCAUCGUGAACGAGUCUGGUUCCGGGCCGCAGUGCGGCAUUUUUCUCCAGAUGUUGGACAGGGAGCCGCUGGCUUCGGUUCGUACGGACAUGCUCUUCGAGAGGGCUGGUCGACUUCCAGAGAUCCUGCUGCCUUCUGGAGAGGUGUUUUGUGCCAUGGAAAGGGAUGGAAGCCGAGAGUAUGUGCUGCGUGAUCAGCGCAAGCAGCGGCUGCUCCGGCUCCAAGGCAACUUCCGGGAUAAAGCCGUCAAGGUGAUCAAUGCGUCUGGACAGCUCGUGGCUCUCAGCGAGCGUUGUGUCAUUGCCUUCGAUGGCGGCUCUCACUACCAGGUGCGGGUGGCUCCUCAUGCGGAUGCUGGCUUAGUUCUGUGCAGGAGCUGGUUGGAAUUCAAGUGGGUCUGGCAGCCUUGCCGGCAUCAUGCAAAGAAGAAGGACAACAGUUUCUCACUUCAGCUUCCGAAGCUGUCGCACAACACAGCACCAGCAAAUGUCAGCAACGGCCGAAUGGUGCAGAUGGACGCAGUAGGCUUGCAGCAGAAACAUGGAGCAGACUUUGCAGGAGGUGAUCGCCCAACUCGCAAAAAGACGUGCUGCCGAGCCAUGGUCUCUAGCACCACAUACUUGCCGCCAAUUCCAGUUGGGCCGCUCGCAACAGUGCUGAUGCAGGCGGUGGGGCUCCAGCACCGCAACCAGAACGUGGAGCUCCAAAGAAGGUACUUUCAACGAGCUGGAGCAGCCGCUUCAGCUGCAACAGAAGAAACCCUCACAAGUGUCGCAAGAAUCGUUAACAAGACCGAAGCCAGAAAGAAGAAGGAAGGAUCUAAGCCGAGAAAGGCAGCCUCGCAGGCUCGGCUUCGGCUUCCCGUGAACGAGCCGGCGCCAGUGAAAAGCAGCAGCACUCCCGUGCUUCCCAAACUGAAGCUGGACUCAGAAAGUUUGGAAAAUGAGGCAGGAAGCCGAAUAUUGGAAGAGGAGGCUGCGCAGCCUCCAACGCCUCCAGAAAAUGCAGAAACGCAAGAUUUUCCAGGCACCCGCAAGGCAGAAGUCCCUGCAGCAGAUGCAGAGAUGGCCGUUUCCGGCUCAGGGCUGGAGACCAAAGAUGCAUCAGAGGAUCAAGAGGCCGAAGCUGAGGCCCUCGAGCAGCCGAUACUCGUCGCACCCUGGAAGCGCGGCCUGUCCAAGAAGGGAACCAAAAGCUUCAAGAGAAUGGAUAGCCACUUGAUCUUUGAACCACGGGACGCCGACCAAGAAGCUGCGCCGCAAGAAGUCGACCCACUUGGAGAUGACUUGCCCGCUCCGGAGCAAAGCGAGGGCCAGGAGGCAUCUCCACCCUCGCCCGACGAUGCAGGUGCUAAAUCGUCGAGACGCAGCUCAGGGUCGCAGUCCAGCGAGCUGGACGACUUUGGUCACUCCAUGAACAAAGGAUGGUCAAAGGCAAAGCAGGCCGCACGCCUCGCCGCCACGCUUCGACCGGAGAACAUGCUAGAUACAGUCCAGCAGUGGAGAAAAUGGUGUCGAAAGACAGACCAAGUUUUCGAUGCUGCACCGCAAACUUCGACUUGGAGAGGAGCUGAAGCAACGGCGAGAUCAAUCCGGGACCUGGACGAGGAGCUAAGCGUAGACAAGGAUCGCUUGCGCCUGAUGAUACAACAGGGUGUUCACAGGUCCAAGAACGGCUUGAAACUCACAGUCAGGCAUGUCCAACCUGAUAUCGACAGGGAGACUCUCUGGAGAAACCGGAGGGAAACCUUGGAAAGGGUGGACACGCAUGGCAAAAGGAUUCAGCAGGCACUUCAGGAUUCCUUGCGGGCACGCAAAGAUCUUCGAACUUGCGUUCAGCUGCUCAAGGAAACAAUGACAGAGAAGCCCGACACUGACAAGAAGAAGCCGCGCGUGUCAUCCAAGGAGCGCAAAUGCUCGUGGUCUUCCGGACGCCUCGAUACCAUCAAGAAGAAGCUGGAAGAGUAUAUUCGCACGGGCUCUCUCAGCGACUACGAGGAGGACCGAGAUGAGGCCGCCAAGAAUCGGAAGUCUCUCAUCACAUGA